AUGUAUGUUGAUUUCAUAUUCAGAAUAGAAGAAAUAGAUACUAGUAAUCAGGAUCAUUAUGAACAAACUAUUAAAGAAUUAGAAGAAAAACUUAGGAAAGCACAGGAUGUGAUGUCUGAGCAGUCUAAGGCAACAGCAGCCAAUGCAGAGGCUCUGAAUAAUCUACUGAAGAAACUGAAGUCUAAGGACGAGGACAUACAAGAGUUGAAGGAGAGAUCUAAUAAAGAAAUGUCAGAUCUCCAUAACAAACUUCAACAGUUACAAGCAGAACUUAAUAGAAAACAACUAAGUUCAAAGAGUUCAGAAGACCAACUUAUUGAUAUUGAACAGGAUCACAGACAGGGCAUAGACAAACUUGCUGGAGCACUUAAGGAUAAGGACAAAACUAUUGAGGCUUUGGUAGAAAGUUGGCAGGAAAAAGACAAACUAAUCAAAAGAUUACAGCAGGUAACUGCAGCUUCACGUGGAACUAUAAUGGAUAAUAACAGGCUUAGAGAUGAGGCCGAUGAACUUAGGAAUCAGUUAGCUAAGAAAAAAGAUGAAAUUAGCGAAUUAAAGCUUCAGUUAGACAGAGAUGGAUCAAGGAGUCCCAAAGCAGGAUUUCAUGUAGCCUUAGAGGAACUGAAACUUCAAUUGGCAGUUAAAACAGAGGCUCUUAAAGCUGCUAAACAAACAGAAGAAGACUUCAGGGAACAAAUUAAUUCUUUACGAAAGCAACUUGAAUCGGCUCACCAGAGUAUGAAAGAAGUACACACAACAGAAAAACAAGUGUACUACAUGAGAGACAACUCUGAUGGAAAUGGACAUUCUGACCAGUACCAGGACUUCAUACAAAGAGAAUUGAAUGAGUUGCAAAGGAUUCAGGAAGCUGAGAAACAAAUUCUGUUGGAUCUAAAGGAAAAAUCAAUGUUUGAGAAAUCACACAAUAUAGAGGCUGAAUUAGCUGCAAUACAGACACUGAAAAGAGAAUUAGAAGCUGGAAUUCAGAGGAAUAAUAAACUACAGCAGCAAUUGGAACAACAGAAAUCCAGGUCACCCAGGAAAGGAUCCAAGGAUAGUUCACAGGAUGACCAUUUUGACAUGGAAAGAAGAUUCAGUGACCAGUCCAGUGAUACUGCUAAUACUUCUGACUCCAGACGGUCAAGUGACACCACUCCACGUAAUCAAGAUAUUGAAGUUCCACAACAUUCCUACUCUUGGCCAUUGGUCCAAAAUAAAAAGCCACAGCUUCUGAAAACCUGGUCGCCAUCAUCAACAGAUUCUGAUAUUCCUUUGAAUCGUCAGAGCUUGUCAGAAAAGUCUGCACCUAUGUUGAGAAAGUUUAUUCGUCAAAUGAAAAAUCAGUUUGACAAAGCUGGGAAAGAAAAUGAUGAAUUACGCCGUAAAGUAGAUGGUUUUGAUAGUCGAGAGAUUCCAGGUAGAAAUGAUAGUGAUGUAAGUAGUUUACCCAUAAUGCAUUUGGAAAUAGAAAGACUGACACAGGAAUUAAGUGUGAAAAAUGAAGAAAUCAGGAAACUCAAAUCGAGCAUAGGCUUUGCUGUUGAUAGUAUGGACUUGAAUGAUGUACCAAAUUUAACAGACUUGCAAAAUGAAAACUUGAAAUUGAAAGUACAACUUGGUAAUCUUGAAGAAUUGAAUAUGCUUCUUAAAAAGCAGAUUGCUUUAAAUUCACAAAGUGCUAGUCCAGAUAUUCUCAAAAGUCUUUUGAUGGAAGCUAGAAGCAGAUUGCAAGCCCUAGAGGGCAAACUAGAAGCUACUGAGGGCACUGUUAGACUAGCUAGAGGCAGAUUGCAAGCCCUAAAGGGCACACUAGAAGCUACUGAGGGCACUGUUAGACUUCAGACCAAAAAGAUGAAAUAUUAUCGUAACUUAUUAGAAGAAAAUGGACUAGUAUUUAAGAGUCCUCUAGGAAUUCGCUCUAACAGUGAAUCAAACAUUGUCAUGGCUCUUGGAGGUAGUAACUUGUGUAAGAAUAACCAGACUCUUUCUUACGAUAACAUUCCUGAAUUACUGGUGGACUCACAGACAGAAUCUUCAGAGUCUGAUUUCUCAGAAAAAUACGAAAGUUACGGAAAUACAAAUAAUGUUUCUGAGUUGAAGGACCAGGUCAGACAAUUGAAGAUAGCCAUGUUUAAAUAUAAAGCUGUAAUAAAAUCAAAUAUGUCACAGGCCAAGGCCCAGAAAUUAGAGGAAACAGGUGGUUUUGUAGCUAAACAUACAUGUCUAAAGGAAAGGAUAAGAAAAUGGGAAAGAAAGUGCCAUGAAAUUGAGUGUUAUUACAAUGAGGCCACUGCUAGAAUAAAGAAAAGUGCUGAUGUUAUUGUUAAUAGAAUGUUGAUAGAAAUAGAAUCUGGAGGAAAUGUCCGCUUUGAAGAGGGUUCUCCUACAGAUAUCUGGUUUUCAUCAUGUCCUGAUUUGGUGCUGUCCAGAUUUUGUGCUAGUGAUUAUAAGGAUCACAAUGUAUCGGGAAUCAAAAUCCACAGGAUAAUAAGGAUACACAACAGGAUGUUACGGACACGGUUUGACGAUAUCUUGUCUUCCAUUGUGGAUGAUCCUGAUGGAGAAUACUAUCCAUGUAACAGAAAUACAGGCUACAGAAAGUUGUUAGAAUAUUUAUUUUGGAUGCAGGACCCACAGUUAUCUAAUGGUGCUAAUGAACAAGGACAUUUGUUAGAGGAAGGUUUCCUAGAGGCUCAAACAUAUAGUGAUUUGGGAAGAGAUGGUGCUGUUUCUCUUAGUAAUAGUUUGAGUUUAGCAGAUAGACAUCAGAAAGAACAUUUAACCAAAAAUGGCAAGAAUUCAGAUUAUAGUGAUUCAUGUCCAUUUAGAUAUGGUCAGUUGGUUAUUUCUAAAGUUUAUCUUGGUAAAAGUGUCAAAGCUUUAGAUGAUAGACAAAUAAGCAAAAGUUCAUAUCCCAAAAUAGAUGCUGUGUUCAAACCAAGGAAGAUGUGUAUUUCUAUCGAAGGUGAUACUCUAUGUGAAUGUAGCGCCAGACAAUGUGAGUGGUAUUUAUUUGACAACAGACUUGUACUGCCAGAAUAUGUGGUAGAGUUUGAAUAUGUCACAAAGAUAGAAAGACUUCGAGCCUUACUGCAAGAUCCUGAGGUAACAAAAAUAAACUUUGCCAGUUUUGAUGAUUUGCCUCUACCUUUAGAUCUUAAUAUUAAAGUGAAUGGUAUCUGUGUUGAAAAGGCUACGCUGUUAAAGUGGAGAGGGUUGGAGGCUGAACGUUAUCAGACAGCAUUAGAUCAGAGAGCUAAUGCUCUCAACAGCAGAAAGAAAUUAGAAAAUGACAUUAAGGAUCUUCGACAACAAGCAGAGUUAGCUGUUUUUGUAAAGGAAGAUGCUGUCAUUCAGUUUAAACAUGUACAGGUUCAGAUGAAUGACAAUCAAACAGAACUUGAUGAAAUGCAAGCCUCCAUGAAGGAUAUAGAAAGGAAACUUGAGAAUUAUAAAGCUGAUGUACUGAAAUUACAAGAAGAUUUGCCUGCUUCUGACAGAAGAAAUCAUGAAGCUGAAAGAGAUGAGCUAUAUAUAUUUACACUGUUUACAAUGAACAAAUUUAAAGAAAAUCUGUUAUGGUUUAGUUCCCAGGCUAAACAUGUAACAGAAGCAGAGAGAGAAAAAAAAGGGGGAGAGAAUUAA